CUUUCAUUUUCAGUUUAUGCCAGAAAAUGGUGGACGAGACAGAAAUUAAUGACGGUUCCUUGCUCAAAUAUAUUUAAGAGUUGAUACUUAAUACAACAGUACAGUUGAAUAGUAAUCAUUCGUGUAAGUCCUACAUGAGGCGUCGUUUGGUGUUUUCUUUUUCUUUUCAUUUCAUUUCGCGUGGAAUCAAUAGGCUUCUCACACACCGUGCGCACUGCACAGGUAUCAGCGCGACCAGCCACAAAACUAAAGUGCUUCAAUAUGUUAGAUGAAUCAUCAGAGCCAGGGUGGCUAUCCGAAGAAGUCAAAACUGGGACCACCAUCAUUGCUAUUGAGUUUGAUGGAGGUGUGGUGCUGGGCUCUGACUCUCGAGUGUCUUCUGGGGAGACUGUGGUGAACCGGGUGAUGAACAAGCUCUCUCUCCUCCAUGACAAGAUCUACUGCGCCCUGUCAGGCUCGGCUGCAGACGCCCAGACCAUUGCUGAGAUGGUCAACUACCAGCUGGAUGUGCACAGCAUUGAGGUUGGAGAGGAUCCUCAAGUUCGUUCAGCUGCCACUCUGGUGAAAAACAUCUCGUACAAGUACAAAGAAGAGCUGUCAGCACAUCUCAUUGUUGCCGGGUGGGACAAGAGAGGAGGGGGACAGGUGUAUGUGACCCUGAAUGGCCUGUUGUCCAGACAACCCUUUGCGGUCGGCGGCUCCGGAAGCUCCUACGUCUAUGGGUUUGUUGAUGCAGAGUACCGGAAGGCCAUGAGCAAAGAGGACUGCCAACAGUUUGUUGUCAACACACUUUCAUUGGCUAUGAGUCGAGAUGGUUCCAGCGGAGGUGUGGCCUACCUUGUCACUAUUGAUGAAAAAGGUGCAGAGGAGAAAUGCAUCCUGGGCAACGAGUUGCCCACCUUUUAUGAUCAGUGAAAACUGGCUUGUGGAAACAGUAACACUGAAGUUGUCGUAGUUAUGAAACAGUGAGUGGACAUAUGGCCACCUUACGAACAAACAGUUCUAUUAAAUCUACACAGGAUAUAGAAUGUUUGGAUAGGGGUAUGAAUCAUGCUGGCACAAUGUCAAAUAUUUUCACUACACAUGCCAGUUUCAAAAUUAUUCAUAAUUGUUAUGCCCUCUGUUGAAGACACUGAUUUUAUUUUGGGUAGCCAGGGACCUGAAGCUGGACUGUGUUUUUGGGUGAUUCACAAGUAAAUUAAACUUUCCCACUUUCCCAUA